AUGACUGGACCAUACCUGUUGAGAUUACCUAUUGAGGUUUAUGUCUCCGAAAGUAACAUUUAUGAUGGAGGAACGGCGUACACUCCCACCACGGCACCACUGCUCUACGUCCAUCCAAGAAUCACAGAAGACUUGCAACAUCGUCUUUACGGCAACCACGCCCUGGUGAUACCGAUACAAGAGCCCAGAAAAUAUAUCAAGGGUGACCAACAAUUGGACCUGCCCGUUUCCAAACUUUCCCAGAGACGCAGGGGCUCCGCUACGAGCAUUAUCUUUGAAAUCUCGCAAACCGAGCAGGUCUACUUAUACACACCAGACGGCAAGCAAGACAUAGACCACGAUUUCUGGGAUGACGACAGAAAAGGGAAUGCACUGGCCAAACUGUUGACUGGGGAGGCUCUUCGUCUCAAGUCUGAUUUACCCAAUGUUGGGAUGGUCUCCUUCGUGUUUUGGUAUGGAGAGAUGUCCGUAUAUGUCAACGAUUGGAAGCGGGAGCUCGCAGGGCUUCAAGAUCAGUGGGAAGACCUCUACAUCACGGUCGAGUUGAACUUGUUUGAAUACGAAGACCCUGAGGCUGGAGAUGGUGGAUACAACUUUAUCCAGGGCUGGGAUAGGCACUUCAAAGCACAAGUCACUAGAGGCGCGUUCAUGGCAAAUAACCUGACGCUGCUGACACAUGAGGAUGGGCACUACGAGGGCAGACUUUUUGAUCCUACCGGUCGGGACGCCAAUGAAAACGGCAGGUAUGGAUGGGGCUCUGAUGAAGACCUGUAUGUGUGUGAUGUUACAAAACGUCCCAGAUACGUAGUCAUCUAA